AUGGUAAAUCCUGAAUCGAACCACGCCUUGAAAGGGUCUGGUCAAAAGGGGCCCAAAGCUGAAGAGGCUGAUAACUCUACCUCCGACAUAUGCCAGUGUUCUGUCUUUGAGUCUGGUGUUGAGCCCUCUUCAUCUUUGAUCACACAAUCUUUUUGUCCAGCAGCGGCUAUUGCCAAACUGCCUUACAAAUAUUUGCAUGGUGAAAAGUCCAAAACCGUCGGAAAACGGUUCUUUGACCAAGACCAAUUUUGGCAGAGAAAGUGGGACUUGCACUACAUUUAUCCGCCUGCAGAUCUAUCACCAAGUCCUCUUUUGCUUCUACUGGCAUCCCAAGUCCAACAGCUCUUGCAGGAUAUCAACCAAGAACUCAAUAUCAGUCUGACUUUGCCCGUGAGUCCUGAUAUUGGCUUGCUGCUCCCUUUCGCAGAAGAUGGUACUCCUCAACCACAGUAUCUCGGCCAAUCAUCAAGCCGCGAAACUAAGGACAGGCUUAUGGCUGUUAUUCCAAAACCUUCUAAUGAAAUAAAUGAUCAUGAUGCAAUCGGGGAUGGAAGUUCGUUGAAACAUAGCGAGCCUACCAAAGCAUUCCGAGCAAAAAUGGAAGCGGGACUCGAUGCAUCCAAGAACAAGUCAAAAAUUUCGAAAGAAAAAAAGCGUCUCGAGAAGAUUGACAGACAGCGAGAGUGGGCUCAGUCACUGAAGAGGGCACAAUGUUACCUAGGUCUACAUCCUCAUCGGUCAUCUCAUCCUGAUGCAGCUCACCAAACAAUCGACCGAAGCGUUUCUGAAGGCCAAUCAACAACUCUAAUCACUCCACUGAUACUUCAGCUAGAUCAGCCUGCACCAUUUCCCUUCGCAUACGAGCCAAUCUUCGUGUCUAUUGAUGUAGAGUCCAACGAACGCCGUCACAGAGAGAUAACAGAAAUUGGCAUCUCCACUCUUGAUACUCUAGAUCUUGUCGGCAUGGCUCCUGGUCAGGACGGUGAGAAUUGGAUCAGACGGGUUCGAUCUCGUCAUAUCCGAAUCAAGGAAAGCGCUCACAUCGUCAACCAUGUCUAUGUUUCGGGAUGUCCCAGCCGCUUUGGGUUCGGCGAGAGCGAAUUCAUCUCCUUUAAAGAUGCAUGUAACGCUGUGGAAGCCUGCUUCAAGCCACCUUAUUCCGCUCAAGUUCCUGUUAAGUUUGUCGAACGGAAACUGUAUGGUGAGAAGGCAAAUGUUACGAUUGAAACUGAAAUCAAGGAAUGCAAGCUUCGGCCCCGCAAUAUUGUUCUUCUUGGACAUGGAGUUCAGGCCGAUAUAGAGUAUCUGCACCAGUUGGGCUGUAACCUUUUUGGCGAUCAUCACGCAUUUCAUAAAACAAAAGCAUUCCAGUGUCAUAGGAAAAAUGACCCGCAGGACGCUGAUCCUCGGCUGUUGGAUACCUUAGAUACAGCAAACCUGUUCCAAGUCCUCAAACGCGAGGCGCAACAACGCGCACUCGAAAUCAUUCUCAACUCUUUGAGCAUUGUCGGGUGGAACCUUCAUAAUGCUGGUAAUGAUGCUCGUUACACUCUUGAGGCUAUGGUGCGCAUUAUUAUCAACUCACGCCUAGCUUUGAACAAUGAUGUUGGUCUGCCAAAGGGGGACCUCAAAGAUUGGGCCAUGGCGUCACCAAAAACCAGUGUUGAAAGAGAAUCAGAUACAUGCUCCGAGAAAGCUUCUACGUCUCGUGACAUCGCUUGGAAAGCCGAAGUGGAGCGUCGUGUAGCAGAAACAGUGGCUGACAGCGAGAUGCGAGUUCGUGAAGAUUGCAAGAUUUGGGAAAUUGUCACCGGUUGGGAUAGCGAGCAUCCACUCUCUGCCGAUGAUUUCGACGGAGGCGAACCAAAGGGAAUGGUGUUGCCGAAACAAAGGCAGAAAUCGUUCAAUAACGACUACAAGAACUUCGAGAAGCAUAAUACUUCUUUUAAGCGAGGUUAUUAG